UUGGAUGACUAUACUUUCUACGUGUUGGUGGUGAUCGGUGACAUCGGCACCGAGCAGCAACUGGACGCCGCUAGAGCGCACAUCGAAGCCGGAAUUCGAUCUUGGGAUGUGGACUUCAACUGCCUCGACCUUGAGCAGCAGCUUCAGUUGUUCAUAACACGCCACUCUGCCCAUUUCUCCUCAGAAGUCAAAGGUCAAAGGACUCUCCACCAUAGAAGUGAUGUCCUAGAGACGGUGGUGCUUGUCAACCCUUCGAAAGAAACCGUUGUAGCAGAGAUCCAAUCGCUCAUCACAGACUCGGCAGGGCACAAGCUUCUAGUUUUGAGUGGUCCAAGCUCGGAUCACGGUGGCCUCCUUCUUCAAACAGGGGUUUUCACCUACGAGACCUUUGCUAGUAUAUUUGCUGAUCCUGGGGUCAUUGAACAACUGGGCCCAUCCAUCCCCAAGCAGCAGGCUACACUUACCGUGUCCUGCCGCGGGGAGGUGGGCUGGAACUCCCUGGGACAGCAAAAGACCCUGCGGGAGUUCCUACACUACAAACUAAACCCUGAACCUGUAGUCCUCAAAAUGGAGGGGGUUACAGAGUUUACAGAGUACAUCUGCGCAACAGUUGACGUCCCUUCACCCUUUGACCUCCUGGAGCCGCCGACAUCCGGAGGUUUUUUAAAACUGUCCAAGCCGUGUUGCUACAUUUUCCCUGGCGGACGUGGAGACUCCGCUCUCUUCGCUGUGAAUGGGUUCAACAUCUUAGUAGACGGCGGUUCCGAACGCAAGUCCUGCUUCUGGAAGCUAGUCCGUCACCUGGACCGUAUCGACUCUAUUCUGCUCACUCACAUUGGUGCCGACAAUCUCCCAGGUAUCAACGGAAUCCUACAGAGGAAGAUAGCGGAACUGGAGGAGGAGGGAUCUCAAGGCUCCACCAAUGGUAGUAAUUGGCUGAAGAACUUGAUUUCCCCAGAACUUGGAGUGGUGUUUUUCAACGUGCCGGAGAAGUUACGCAUGCCAGAAUCUAAUCUUAAAGUCAAACGCAGCAUCGAAGAAGCCUCGCUGACUUUGCAGUACCUUAACAAACUUGGAAUUAAGCCGGAGCCUCUUUAUCGAGUGGUCAGCAACACGAUCGAGCCCAUUACCCUGUUCCACAAAAUGGGAGUGGGUCGUUUAGAUAUGUAUGUCCUCAACCCCGUCAAGGAAAGCAAAGAGAUGCAAUUUCUCAUGCAAAAGUGGGCUGGCAACAGCAAAGCCAAAACUGGUAUUAUUUUGCCAAACGGGAAAGAAGGAGAAAUAUCUGUUCCCUACCUGACUUCAGUGACUGCCUUAGUCGUCUGGCUUCCCGCAAACCCGACAGAAAAGAUUGUCAGAGUUCUCUUCCCUGGAAACGCACCUCAAAAUAAGAUCCUAGAAGGCCUGGAAAAGUUAAAGCACCUUGACUACUUGCGCUAUCCCGUAGCAACACAAAAAGAUAUUGCUUCAGGAGCUCCCCCCUCUGUGGUAAAGCAGACAAAGUUAAAACAAAGGACGGAGAGCAAAGAGAGCCUUAAAUCUUCCCCCAAGACGACCGCAAAGGUCACCAAGGAGAAAACAGAAGGACAAGAAGAUGCUUUAGCUGUCGCAGAAACAAAAGUUGACACAGUAAAGGAAAACAUUCCUGUGAAAAAAGAACCCAAAAAGACCAUUAAAACCAUCAAAUCGAAAAUGGAUAUGCCAGAAAAGAAGAAACUUCUGAAAGAAAAAACUUUGAAAAAGCACUCCAAGGAAAGGGUAUCAAAAAUGGAUGAGAAAAAGGACAAGGAGAAAAAAGAGAUCAAGAGGAUCAAGAAAGAUGAGUCUGCCAAAAAGGACGAGAAGAGAGAUGCCAAAUCCAAGGAGGACAAGAAAAAGGAGUCAUCUAAACCAGAGCUGAGAAAAAUAGCAAAACCGGACUUGAAACCUCUGACGCCAGAAGUCCGAAAGACAUUGCACAAAGCUAAAGUAUCCAGUAAGACAAAACCUGUAAAAACAAAACCAGCCAAGACCGAAUCAAAGCCAGAGGAACCAAAAACUGAAGAAAAAGACAAACCUAGAGAAACCAUUCAAGAUGAGCCAACACAUAAUGGAACUUCCUUCUCUCAAGACCUCACCGAGGACAUUGAAGUGACCAAAGCUGGAGAUGAUCUCGCAGCACCAUCAUGCCAAGAUGAAGUUGCUUUGAAAACAAAAGCUCAAAGCUUAACCCAAGAGAAACCAGAAGCACCAGAAAAUGUACCUCUACCCGCUACAGAAUCUCCUGGAAAGGAAGAACCGCUGCCCGUGACACCUGCUGACGAUGCAAAAUUUGACGACCAGAAAGAAUUGGAAGAGACCCAAAUGUAUGAGGAUGAAGGCGCUGCGUCUCAAGAUGAGGAGGAGGAUGAAGAAGAAGAGGCUCCAACUGCUGAGGCAAGGACAGAUGAUGAGGAGGAGGAAGAGGAGGAUAUGGGUAUUGGAGAAGAGGAAGAUGAAUUGGAGGGAAAACACGAAACUCAAGAAAUGGAGAAAGCAGACACUCUUAAGUCGGCAAAGGUUGACACACAGGAGGAAGAAGAUGAAGAGGAUGAAGAUGAGCCAGUGGAGAAAGCUGAACUGGAGGAAGUGGAAGAUUUAGACGUAAUAGCGGAUGAAGAGAUCACCGGUGAAGAUGUAGCAGAAGAACCAGUCGUCGGUGAGAGCAAAACCGACCCCUUGACAAGAGCCGUAUGUGACGAUGAAGAAGACGAAGAGGGCUACCUUUCACAUGUGGGAGGGACCACAGCGCCUAUUAGCACAGUAGCUCCAGGAGCAGUCGCUAUAGAAUCCAUCUCCUACAUCCAAGAUGAGACCAUUCCAGGCUAUUCGGAAACCGAACAAACCAUCUCUGAUGAGGAGAUCCACGAGGAAGCAGAGGAGAGGAUACCACACCUUCAGUAUGACGUUGGUGCCCAUGAUGUCUCAGUUCCAGAUCAGACUGGAUCAUUUGUUAACAUUCACGGCAUAAAAGAAAUGCAGGCCUCGGCCGUUCCGACAAAAGGUUUUAUGCCUGGGGUGCAGGAGCAACUGUCAAUGUACACCAACAUUUUUACUGCUCCUCUUGCGGAAGAAGAGCACGUGUCCUCUGCAACUUCCAUAACAGAGUACGAUAAAAUGUCCUCUCUCCCCACUUCUCUUGCUGACGACCAGUCUGCAGCGUCAACUGUAGCGUUCGAAGAGCCAGCUAAACCAAGAAUGAGCACCGAGCAACUUCUCUCAUCGGGAACCCUUUCACCUUCAUCUCUUGAAGACAAGUCUCCUUCCGCUGACUUACAGCUUCCUCUUGAAGAUACAAAGAUAACUGUCAAGGUUCCAGAUUCCCAUGAUGAUGAUGAGGAGGAGGAAGACGAGGAAGAUCAGACUCCCAAUGUUGAUAUCUCUCUUGAAAAACUCCAAGAGGGCUAUGCCUCAACCCAAAUAACAAAGAACCAAGACAAAGAUGUUGAAAAGCUGCCUGGCUCUGCAGCUCCCGGUUCCAAGUCAAUAGGAGAGGACAAACCAAUCCACUUUCCAGUUGAAGAGGAGAAUAUUGACGUGGUAGCAUCCAAAGUGGUUUCAUCAGUUGUGCCUACAAGACCUCUCGGCUCAGACUCUGUUACCUCAGAGAGUGAGGAACGUUGCUACAGUCCAGAUGAUAUCACUGUAAAAAUGGCCUCCCCGACACAAUCGGGACCACCGAGUGCAACUCAUUCCCCCCUUAGACAUUCACCACUGGGAGCAUUCCCUGAGUUGGAGCCCCCCAAACUCGCAACCUUACCUGACGACCAAACCAGACAAGAAAAAGUGGAGGAGCCAAAAGACAAAAAGAUAGAAGACAAACCACUUGACAAGGAUGUACCUGUCAAAAAACCAGAAGAACCUGUGUCAGAACGUCAUUCUCCAAUCUCCUAUAGACAAAGCGAUGAAGAACAUGGUAAAGCCACGGAACAACUUCUUGACAAUGAUGACAACAACAACAAAGGCACUAUAGAUGAUACGUCUGUAGAAAAGACAGAACAAGAAGAUAUUGUUUCCCAGUUAGAAAAAAUGGAGGAUGAACAGAAACGUAGUUCUGCUCUCCAGAAAGAUGCUUGUGCUGUUUCAACGACUGAAGUUGAAAAAGCAGCUAAAGAUGCCGAUACUUAUGAUGUUAAACCUACAAAUAAAGAAGCAUUUGACGACGCCAAAAAAGAUGAUUUGAAGGAGUUGCAAAAAGAACCCAUUCCUUUAGCCAAAUCAUCUGCUUUUGAGGACACACAUGUCAAACAUGAAGACCACGACCUAAAGACCACAGAAGACGUCAAGAAGACAGAUACUCUUGUGACUGAGGAAGAUAAGACAAAACCCGAGGAAAAGCAGAUUAAAAGUUCUCACAGCACAGAUUCAAAGGAUGAUACUUCCAUUAAAAAGCCUUUUGAGGAAGAGAAGCAGGAGAAGAAUGGAAAAGAUGAAAAAGUGGAUGAACUAAACAAAGACGACAAAGUAGAAACCACGCUCAUCACAGACAAGCGGACUGAAAAAGACGAAACAAAUACAGCCUUGACUGAAAUCACUAACAAAGACAUCGUUUGCGCGGCUGUUGCACACAUCACAGCAGAAGAUAAUAAUAAUGAAAUGAAAUCUGCCAUGCUAGCAAGCUCUGAACAACAAUUUACAGACAAAUCUGUCAAAGAAGAGGACAAGGCAGAGGGUGUUUAUACUGCUGGCAUACCAACUGAUGUGGACAUAACGAGCAAACAUGAAAUUUAUGCUGUUAAAGAAGACGAAAAAGCUGUUGGCAAAGAAGACACCAUCACCGACAAACCAUCCAAGAAGGAAGACAUAUCAAUUGUGGAUCAAAGUGUUGCUAUGAAAUUUAUGCAAGAAACACGGAAAGAUGAAGUCGCUGUCAAACCCACUGAAGAAGAAUACAAAGACUACAUUGAAGUAAAACAAGAUGAAGAAGUAGAUAAGGCUAUUUCAGAAGAAAAACUUAAAAAGGACGACAUGAAAGACACACAAAAAGAAGAAGCUUAUGAUAAGGAUGAACAUUCUGAUGUGGUACCAAAAAAAGAGGAAAUGCAAAAAGAUGUUGACGUUUCCUUGACCUUAACACUAAAAGACGAAAAGAAGGAUGUUAAUAAGAAAGAUGUUGAAGAGCAAAAAGUACCAGUGUCAGAGGAGGGAAAAUACGAAGAUGAUCAAAAACAGAAGGAAAUCCAAUCUGAAGGUCUCAGUGGGACAACAAUGAAAGAUGCGGUUAAGCAGCUCCAUAGCAAAGAUGAAGCUAUUGAAGAUAGCAAGAAAGAGCUCACAGUGGAUUCAAGUGGAGAGGAACAUGAGACCAAAACUGAACCAUACAACACACAAGAACUUCUAAAGGAUAUGGAUGUAAAAGAGGUGGACCAACCCCUAACCAAGGGCAUGGAAGAGAAGGCUAAAGAGGAGAUACCUGGAAAAGACAUCUCUGUCACAUUGACUUCAGCUCCAAAAGUUGAGCAAGAAACAGAACCUAAGGGAGGAGCGACGGCCGUUAUUAGUUCCGACGUAAAGAUGGAAAAAGAAAAAGAUGAUGCAGAUGUUGCCGAAUUAAGUAAGGAACAAAAGAUGGGAAAGGAGCAGGAGAAAGAGGCAACCUGUGAGACGGAAGAUCUGUGGGAGCAAAACACCAAAUCGGAAGAGGUGAAAAUCCCGUCUGAUUUGAAGGCAAAAGACGUCAGCGAGAAAGAGACUGCUUAUGCUCAACAUGCCAAAGAAGAGAAAUGGGAGCGAGAGGAGUUACAAGAGGACCUCGACAAAACCACGAAGCAAUCCACGCAGGCAACAUUUGGAGAAGAAGCAGCAUUGGGUUCCCAUUCAGACUACAAGCCUACCUUCACCGUUCAGUCUUCGGACGAAGAACAAGAUGAUGAGGAGGAGGAAGAGUAUAUAUGUAUGGGUUCCAGACCUUUGUCUGUCGAGCCAAGAAAAUCUGAACUUGACCUUUGCUCUGCAGACCAAAUAUCUCCAUCAAGCGCUCAAACUACUGAAGCCAUGCCUAGGCAGACCGUAAUAGUCAUUCCAACACUUACAAUGCAGGAACCGUCACUAGAUGAAGACAUUAAAGAUGUUUUAACAGAAGAAUGCAGUCUUUCCUCUGAUUCUGCAAAACCUGAAACUGCUCCUCAAGUGAUCGCCCACUCUGAAACGUGUUCAGCUGCAGAAACAUUAGGAGGGGAGUCAACUUCUCUUCAAAAACAAGAGCCAUUCCCUGAUGUAUCAUUUUCUAAGACAGAACAAGAGUCCAGCUUAAGUACAGAGAGCCAGUCCAAAGUCCAAUCUCAAACAAGUCCUGGGGCAGUUGUUAAGCUGGAGCAAGAGGAAAAGCCCGGCAAAGAGGCAGAGCGUGAGAUGGAAAGAGAGCGGGAGGCAGCUUCCCCAGGAUUUUCACAGCCUUGUUCAUACUUUCUAUUGGACAAAGACUCUGAUGACAGCGGCCCGACUGAUGCCUUGAAAUCAGAUGAUGCAGAGAAGGGGAGCACUAAAAAGGAAAUACAAAAUGAAAGCAAAUCUAUUACUGCAUCCAAGUACGAUCCAUAUGAGAAGCCCAUCCCAGAAGAUCCCACCAUUCAAGAGGAGACUGAUAUUUUCACACGAGGUCACACUUCUGAUAUCAGCAUGGAUGAUAACAGGAGAACAAGCCAAACAGGGUCAGUCAUGUUCCAACAAGAUGAUCAAGUCAAAGAAGAACCAAUGUCCUUAAGUAGAGUUGACUACAGCCCACAGAGUGAAAGCCACCUUAGUGCCUCAACGGAGCAGGAAGACAGAGAAAAAGGGCAAGAAGAAGAAUGGGAAAGAGAAGAAAGAGUAGACACCAAUAUGCGAGACAAUAAAACUUCUCAAGAUUCUUAUAGUCCUAAAGAGGACAAACCAGAAAAAUCGGAGAAAGAGAAAGAGGAUAUGAUGGAAGGAACUUCAAGAGUAAGUGACCAAGUGUCUACUAGUGUGGUUCUUCAAUCCCCAGGGUCCCCAUCCAUACAAGAAUCCUGGAGCCGAUCAGAACUCAGCGCCCCAUCUACGCAAAAGGACACUGCUAAGAAAGAAACAGAAGGUUCUACAUCUGGUCGACACUCGCCAUCAGAAAAAGACAUUUUAUCUCAAGCUGCUUCAUCUUCUGAAAGGGAAGAGCAAAUAAGUAAACAGAGUGCUGGCUCGGCUUCCUCAUUUUUAGAACAUAAAGUAGAUGACAACAUUCUUGCCUCAGACAGUAAUCGAUCCAUGUCGGACCUUCCCGGAGCCAAAGAACAGCAGGUCGAUGUACGCUUACUCGUAGAGGUUGAAGAUUUCAAUGUUGAUGAUGACGAAGAAGAUGAAAAUGAUGAGGAAGACGAUGACUCCAGUGAUGUUGACAUUGAAAAAGGUGCCAGAGAGCAAUCUGAAAAAGAAGCAUGUGGCCGUAGUCCUGAUGAGAAUACAUCACCCUCAGAGGACUCGAACAAAACCUCUCCUGAAGGGAACUUCCAAAAGGACGAGAUGACCUCUAAAGUCACACCUUAUGUUGCCUCCGAGUCGUAUGAAGAUAACGCAAGUAAAAUAUUACCAUCUGCCAACAAAACACACCUUGAGAAGGAACUGGUUUAUGGAGCUGAAACAACUGGUAGUAUGACCCAACCUCACGACACCAAAAGUGAAGGCAAAACAACUCCAUCACCAGGUAAAAGUGAUGUCAAACUAGACAACAUCUGCUUGGCUACACCAUAUGAACCAAAACCUCUUGAAACAAAGGAAGAGAAAACAUGCUUAUCCCCUGAGCAAGCAAUGCAAAGAAGGCUAUCGAUUGCUGAGGAUGUUUCUUCCUUUGAGGUCCAACAGUCAAAGGAUAGAGACAAAGAAACAAUCUCACCAGAACCAGAAGACUGUAGUCAGUCUCCACCCACAAGCAGCUCAACCUCAGUAGCACCAUCUGACCAACAAACGUCCCUAUCGACUACUUCCCUUGGUCUCUUUGGAACCUAUGCCGAUAUUGGACUCGGUGGAUCUGUAGGAUACACUGAAGUCAGUCAAGUGGAUUCAAAAGAUCAUCAGCUCGAUAGCCAAUCAAAUACAUGCCGACGAGUAACGUUAAGCGAAGAUCAAUAUUACCACAGAGACACCCAAGAGCAACGCUCAGAUCUUGCUACAAAACAGGAGGAGCAGGUUCUCUCAUCACCUUCAGCCAGUUAUGCAUCACCCUUUGCAACAUUUACUCAACAAUUAGAAGACACUGCUCAAAGGUUUGUGAGUAUAUCGAGCAGUUUAGCCCAGCAUGUGCCAUCUUUAAGUAGCGGGUCUGUAGGCUCAACCUCUGGUGGCCUUCAAAGAGACGAGUACAUGGAGGUGAUGACGAAACCUACAAAAGAGCCUGAAGAGACCAAACCGUCAAGUACUGAGCCUUCCAAAGUGGCCGACAUUUCUUCCACAUCAGAAGCUAGUUUUGAUGUCUUUCAACAAAGGGCUGAACCCACUGACAGGGGUCUCCAAGGAACUGCAGUAGAGCUCGCAUGUGACUUAAAAUGUCAAAAAGUAACUGAAGAAAAAGACACUUUUUCAGUACUAACACAGUCACAUUUGACAGAAAAUAAUUCAAACGCCUCAGACACAAAGACUAUCACGACUGUUGAGUCUUUACCAGAAGUGGUGACGCAAACAGCUCAUCACGCUGCCUCAGUCACUUCAGAAAGUGCAAGUGGUGCUAUAAACACUUCAUGUGCCGUCUCAGACGAGAAGGAAAAGCAGCAAAAAGUGAAAACCGCAUUGGAUGAAAAGGAGAUGAUAAUCCACACUGAAGUGCAACUGGAAAAAGGAAAAACAGACACUGCAAAAGGACAAAUGGAAGCAAAGUCUCUGGACGAAAACAUGUGCAAAGACAGCACUGAUAAGAUAAAGGCUUCAGCUGAGAUGAGUGAUAAAGUAGAUGUCGAGAAAGAAGUAGAAGCCGACAGCUCAGAGGACAAUGAAAGCUUUUUGGACAAGCCACCAGAGAGAUUAGAAGCAAGGCGAAAAAGUAGUAUAUCUGAUUGGGAGCUAGUACAGAAGCCUGAUGACUUCCCAAGUGCCCCUCCACCAGGUUACGGUAACCAAGAGGAGGAAGCCUUCGAAUGGAUGGCGAGCAUCCACGGUGCCUCCUCAAAAGCAACCUCACUCACUGGAGCGUCGAGCAAAGCAAUAACUGACCGUCCAUCGGACUUGAACACCAUAACCACCUCUGCGGACUCUUAUGAUUACAAACAGCGUAAAGGAGAACUUUCUCCUUCCUUCAUUAACCCUAGUCCAUAUCAGUUUUCUGGUGACGAGUUUGAAGAGGAUGACCGAAGUGACUGCUCCCAGGAGGGAGGCGAUGCAGCUCAUGAGAAAAAAUCGGCGAAAAGGAAGUCACACAAGCAGAGGCGACACCACGGAGACCAGUUGUCCGGCGCCGUCUCAUCAGGUCUGACUGCGACUUUAGCCGGAGAGGAAACACCUCCCACAUCUGUGAGUGAAUCGUUGCCUUCGCAGUCUGAUUCUGAUGUUCCACCAGGAACCGAGGAGUGUCCGUCCAUUACCGCGGAAGGUAACCUGGAUUCAGAUGAAGAUGGUGAGCAUCUGCCUACGGACAAGUUAUCUACCUCGGGUGCCGCCGGCGGCCGACGUCCUUCGUCGCCGAGGGCAGCUCAACGGACGCAAGAUCCUCCGCCCACCUCCGUGAAAGACCCUCCUCCACAACCUCCUCAUCCUGAUGCGUGCAUGGUGGAUCCAGAGACCCUUAUUCAGGACAUCAGUGGCACAGACAAACUUCUCAAGAAGGACCACAAGGCCACCAAGGGCCUCAGAAAAGCCAAACCUAAGUCGGCUUCUCCUGCUCGGAAGGGUGAAGCCAAGAAGAGGUCUGCGACACCUGUGAAGCAAGCCCACAAGGACUCUGCCUCACCCCGAUCAGCCUCCCUCAAGAGGAAGGACCUGGAGAGGAGUUCCAGGCUUGUGAAGAUGUCCGAAAACCAAGGUUCACGGAGUGAUAUCCUAAAUCCCGGGAAAGGCCUGGUUAAUGGAUUAAAGAGCAGUUCAGGAAACAACCCCCAGAAAGCACCUUCAUCCGUUCCGCCAGGGCCACCCGUCUACGUGGACCUGGCUUACGUGCCCAACCACUGCAGUGCCAAGAACGUAGACCAGGAGUUCUUCAAGCGGGUGCGGGCGGCGUACUACGUCGUGAGCGGGAACGACCCGAGCAGUGGAGAGCCGAGUCGUGGAGUUCUGGAUGCCCUGCUGGAAGGCAAAGCUCAGUGGGGCUCCAACCUUCAGGUGACCCUGAUCCCGACCCACGACACGGAAGUGACCCGCGAGUGGUACCAGCGCACCCACGAGAGGCAGCAGGACCUCAACGUCAUGGUUCUGGCCUCCAGCAGCACCGUGGUCAUGCAGGAUGAGUCAUUCCCCGCCUGCAAGAUCGAGUUUUGA